AUGCAUGACAAUAAAGGUGAAAAUGCAACUACGAAUAGAGUAGUCGAAGACCAAAAAAAAAUAAGCAAUAAAAUUAACCAAACAUCUCAAGAAAUUAGCAACGCUAAUCCCUCUGAAUUAAAAAAAACAAAAUCAAGUAAUCGAUCAUCAGUGAUAGAUUAUUCAACAAUCGUAAUUUCAGUAUCAUCGGGAACAGAAAACGAUAAAGUUCUUGAUAAUUUAGAGUCUAACAAUGCUGGUAGUAAUGUAUCAUCUGCCAACGCUAGAAGUAAUGUAUCAUCUACCAAUGCUAACAGUAAUCCACCAUCCACCGGACUAUUAAACCCAAAAACAGAAAUGAUGAAUAUUGAACAGUCGCAAAAAAAUCAGCAGUCUAUUUUUGUGCCUCGACCACCACCAUAUCAACAACCACCACAUCAACAACCACCAUCACAUCAACAAUCACCACACCAACAACCACCACCACCACAUCAACAACCACCACAUCAACAACCACCACAGCCACCUUUACAAAUGCGGCCACGGAAUGAUACAAAUCCUAUGCAACAACAACUGCUAAGACCAUUGCAACCACAACAAAGGUCACAAACGAACUCUAAUAUUUAUAAUACAAACGAACAUGGCCAACUGAUAUUUCAAAAUAAGUCAAACUUACUUCAGGAAAAUAAAAGUGAGAUGAAAUUUUCCACAGUUCCUUUAGAUGGAUUAAAAUCAGUAGAAAAUUCUGAUAUUAAAUUCGAAAGCAAUAAUAAAAAUUUUUUGCCAAACCAAGGUUGGACUAGUAGUAAGGAAAAUCCAAACAUACGUCAGCGUGCUUCACAACCUCCAACAGAUACAAAAAAUUCCAAAAAUCCUGGUGUUGAAAAAGAACAAUCAUCUGAAGGACAAACCAAGACAAACAAUAAACAAGUACAAUCUCAAAAUCCAUUUUCGACGAGUCUUCACUGGACUUGGAUUUUAUUGAUUUUCCUUGCAUUAGCAGCUCUCGCUUUUACUGUUUAUCGACUGGAUUCAAUUUAUGUCGAAGAUAAAAAAGUUCAUAUUACGAUGCAACGUCCUUUCUUGGAAGUAUUUACGAACUCAACAGUUACUUUGAUGCAAGAUCUUAACAUGAUUAGUGAUUUACCUGCAUCAGAUACAAUUAUGAAAGGAACUGUCCUAUAUAAACGUUUAGCCAACAUUCUCGAAACCAGCCCUGGUUUUAAAAAUAAUGGUGCAGCUAUCGCAUCAUAUCUUCGUCAUUACAGCACUCAAAUAAUGGAAGCUGGUGAAGCGUUUGAAGAUAUGUACCGUCAAGGUGACUUGGUAUUUUGGAUUUUAGAUAGAGAGAUAACUCAAAUUCUCGAAAAAUUAAAACCAAAUAUAUUCGGACAAAUAUUCUUUAAAGAUGAUGAUCCUGCAUUUUUUAAAGAAAGAAUUAAAGAUAUGAUGCAAGUUGUUGACGCAUUUAAAUCAAAGGUUACGGCUGCUAUCAGAGCAGUUAGAGUUGCAGAUUCGAUUAGAGAUCAAACUGAAAAAGGAUUAUUUCGUGGAAUUAAAAUUGAAGCCGAAAAAUUUGUAAAACUUGGAACACGUCAAAAUGAAUAUCGAUCGCCAUCAUCAUACAUAAAUGAUGAGUUAAUUAUCGAUAUUGAAAAUGCUAAAAAGCAUUUAGAACAAGCUCAAGAAAUUUUAGAUUUGUUAUAUAGAUCAGGUUAUGGGUUAAAUAGGUUGAUUAUUAUUUUAAAUAAUUAUAGAAAUAGGUUGCAUGAUAUUGAAGCUGAACUUGACGAUAAGAUCAGCAUUACAAAAAAUCAAAUCGAUAAGUUAAAAAAACUUUUGGAUAAUCUAAAAGAGUGUCAUGAAAAAUUUUCUAAACGAGAUUAUAUUGAUAAUGGUUUUGAUGAUGUUACUUUUGAUUCAAAGAAUGAAGUUGAUGGUUUUGUUAAAAUUGAUGAUGAUAAUUAA